AUGUCUACAGACCUGAAGGAUCUCGCCACACCGGCCAAAUGCACAGCAGACUUCUGUCUCAUCCCGCUAGGGACACCGACUGCUUCUGUGUCUGCGCAGAUUGCCGAUGUUCAGAGAUUAAUGAAGAAAAGCGGGUUGAAAUACAGCAUGCAUAGUGCUGGCACGACUGUUGAAGGCUCUUGGGAUGAUGUGACCCGCUUGAUCGGACAAGCUCAUAGUAUCCUUCAUGAGAAAGGGAUCGUUCGGAUACAGACGGAUAUCCGGAUUGGUAGUCGAACGGACAAGUCGCAGACCAUGGAGGAUAAGGUGGCCGCGGUAGAGAAACUACUUUCAAGCGACUCCUAA